ACUCUAAUCACUGGCCUACACUACAUUAAUCAACCGGCGCUGUCCAAUCUCUCCUGUUCCCUCUCGUCAUUUGUCCUUCUCUUUUUACCUCUCCUGCAGCGGCCCGAAGUCUGGCGUCGGCUUCCCACGUUUCGUCCUGCAUUUGCACGCACUCACUCGUUCCAGUACCGAGUAAUUACGCCUUGCGCCUCGUCCUCGUUAUUUCCGCCCAGACCAAGAGCUAGCUAAAGGUGCCACAGACCCCCCAGCAGUCGCAGCAAGGAAGGAAAGACCAGCCGAAACCCCCAAAUUCACGUCGUGCGACAAUCCUGCUCCAGCAAUUCCAGCAUUGUCGAAUUGCGGAACGAGGCUGGGGCCUAGAAGGGUGAAAAGAAGCGGAAAAGAAAACGACGAAAAUCCAAAAAGGAAAUCAAAUUCCAACGACCACCAAAUCGCAGUGAAGGACCGUUGCUUUUCUGUCUUCAACACCCCUCCAAAGCUCCCCCGCAGUGUGCGCCAUCGCCAACGCCAACGCCGACCGAACGCCACGCCAGCUGCGCAACGGUUCCCCACCACGACUUUGCUUUGUUGGGCGUCCGACAUGAGAAGGUAGCGCCAUGCUCAUACCACAGCGCUUCCAGCGAGUCGUGCCAGUCCUCGUCGUCCUCGUACUCUGCGUAUUCAUCCUCUCCUCCAGCAGGUUCCGGGAUGCCGCCAUCGUCGACUCGCUAUCCCACCAGAUCGCCGGCGUGCACAAGUCCGACCCCCCACCAAAGUCCGACGCCGUCCUGGAGGAGGAGGCCAAGCUCGGCACACCACCCAACACGACGCCACGCCCCGUCCUCGAGCCCGGCCAGUGCAUCCCCGAGAUCGAGUUCCUGAGGCGCGAGGAGCUGCAGCUGAGUGACAACAUUGUCUACUCGAGACGAUGUAUCAAGCCCAAGUUCUCCGAUGAUGUCGACCGGGAGACCAUCUCCAAGCUCGAGGGGCCCGUCAUCACCCAGAAGGCCAACAUCAACCUCACCUCGUGCGCUCACCUCGAUGCCAUGCCUUGCGACGAGUUGUCCAUCACCGUGACCCCGCCUCCUCCCCAGCAAAAGUACAACCACCUGGUCUUUGGCGUGGCGACGUCCUACGACCGCAUGAUCCAGGGGUUGCCUGCCUUCAAGCACUGGCUGGCAGGCACAGAUGCGCUGCUCGUCGCAGUCAUCGUGGACCACGCCGGCAAGGACCUGGGCGCCCUCCAGCAACUCUUUGCGCAGCACGGCAUGAAGAUAGCCACCGCCAACGGCGAUCCGAAUCUCACCAUCGACCAGAACCACUUUGUCAUGUUGCGACCAACAGUGCAGAACAUCACCCCCGAGACGAAAUGGGUCGUAGUCAUUGACGACGAUACCUUCUUCCCUUCGCUGCACUCGCUCAGCAAGACGCUCGAGCAACACGACCACACCAAGGAGCUGUGGCUCGGCCAGCUGUCGGAGGAUUUCUACUCGGUGCGCUCGUGGGGGUUCAUGGCCUUUGGCGGCGCAGGCGUCUUCCUAUCGGUGCCGCUGGCCAAGAAGCUGGAGCCCUUCAUGGAGCAGUGCCUCGAGGAGGCGGCCCUCCCGUCGGGCGACGGCAUGCUGCGCGACUGCGUGUACUACCACUCCAAGACCAAGCUGACCCUGGUGCCGGGGCUGUACCAGCAGGACAUGCGGGGCGACCUCUCGGGCUUCUUCGAGGCCGGGUUCCGCACCCUGUCGCUGCACCACUGGAAGAGCUGGUACGAGGAGCCCGUCGACAAGAUGGCGCAGGUCACCAAGGUGUGCGGCGACUGCUUCCUGCAGCGCUACCAGUUCGGCGAGGACACCCUCUUCUCCAACGGCUACUCGAUCGCCAUGUACCGCAAGGGCGUGCAGGGCCUCAAGCUCGACUGGGUCGAGGCGACCUGGAACCAGCACGGGCCCGAGUUCGACUUCAGCAUCGGCCCGCUCAGGCCCGCCCUCAAGAAGGACGAGAAGAGGAGCUACCGCCUCAAGGACGCCGAGUGGCUCGCCGACGGCAGCCUCAGGCAGAUCUACGUGUACAAGGCGGACUGGAAGAGCGGCGAGACCAUGGACGAGGUGAUUGAGUUCCUGUGGGACCCCAAGGCUGCCCAGGCUCAGGCUCAGGCUCAGGCCCAAUAAGGACUCUCUCUCUUUCUGUGUGUGUGUGUGUGUGUACGAGCCGAGGUUUUUGCUUUUCAAGGCGGGUUUUCAAAUUCACUUUCACAUUGGCAUGGUGCAUGGGUGGCAUGGCAUCGAGAGUUGUCUGGUUUCGGGGCGUUUGGGGCGAAAGCAGGAGUUGGCUGGCGUCUUUAUAUGUAUGUGUCCCGAUCCACCCGCCCUGCACCUUCGGACACGAAAAAUUCAUCCGGUGCUUUCGGAGUCGAGGCGGAGGGGGUGAUCUGGAAGGGUGCAUGUAUGCUUCAAGUUGGGCUGAAUGGGGUAGGCAUUUUCCACCUGCAUUGAAGAGACUGCGGAACGGCCUGCGUAGCGGGAGAUCCCGCUUUAUGUGUAUACCAGCAUACCAGCGCAUGUGUAUAUGGGAGGGGGUUGGGCGCUGUCAUAUCAGACCUGAUCAUGGUUGUACGAGACGGGUUCGUCUCGCAGCGGUAAUGGGAAUUCGAAAGCCUCGAGCGUUCUUUUCUGUUGACGA